UGUAAAAGGAAAAUUGAUAAUCAACGUCGUACGGAAGCCUUAUAUUCAAAAGUCAAGCGUCUAUGGAUUUGUUUCAUGCCACAGAAUAUUACAUUCUAUGAUUUUGUUGAGCUAGACGGAUUAACUCUUAAUUUUUUUGGUUCGUAAUGGAUCUGCCAAAACCCCCUGAAGAUCCUGAGUUGAAGAACAUUAUUGAUAAACUUGCAAAUUUUGUGGCAAGGAAUGGACCAGAAUUUGAAAAUAUGACAAAACAGAAACAACAAGACAAUCCCAAGUUUUCGUUUCUGUUUGGAGGAGAACAUUAUAGCUAUUACCAGUAUAAAGUACAGACAGAGCAAGCAAUAAUAAAUGUACAGAACAAGAAGAUUCAGGAACAAGCUCAGCAGCAGCUUCAGCCACAACCGCUGCCUCAGCCUCCACAGCAGCCUCCACUUGCUACCAUCAGUCAGAUCACCUCUGUGGCCCCUGGUGUGAUCCCUCCAGCCCAGGUGGGACCAUGGCCAACAUCUGCCCCACCACCCACCUUGCUGCCUGUGUCAUCUAUAGGACUACAGCAAACAGCACCUGUUGAGCAGCCCCCAGGUCAAGCCCCACCACAGACUCCACAACAACAACAGGUAGCACAGCUGCAGCAACAGAUACAACUGCAGCAAACACAGAUACAGAAUCAGCAGCAGAUGAAUGAGCAGCAGAUCACACAAUCUGAGCAGAAUCUUGCAGCACAAUAUCAGAGCUUCAUGCAGCAACAGCAGUCACAGAUUGAGGACGCAAUAUGGGGUAACAAGGCAGAACAGUUACAGAACCUGAGUGAGGAUUGUGGCAUAUCUCUUGAAGACCUUGAUAAAACUGUACAACCCAUCAUAGAAUCCUGUACCAAAGAUGCUAUUCAGACUGGCAAGAGUUGGAUAUUCCAGCACUGUACAACGGAUCAACAGUCACAGCUCAUUGCUCUGUUCUUAGUGAAAAGAAUAAUGGCAAAAGAUGCAAGUUUUGAGCUGAGGUUACAUCUUAUAUACCUGAUGAAUGACUUGUUACAUCAUUGUCAAAGGAAGAAUGCAGAGUUGUUGAAGUCCCAUUUAGCACAGAUUGUAGUUCCAGUGUUUUGUACGGCUCUAGUCGGUGCCGAUGAUGCUAAGAAGAUUAAACUAAAUAAGUUACUGACGUUAUGGGAACAAAACAAGUAUUUCAACCAAGAAACUAUAGAGAAAAUGAAAGAACCUGAUCAAGCGUUGUCAAAUUACCAUGCUGACCUAAUAACAGAAAAUGGACCAAUCGUAACACAGAUCAGUUCUGGCAUACAGCUACAGUAUCAGUCCUUACAGAAACAGCAUAAUGACUUCUGCAAUCACCUUACUUCUCAGUUACAACAGCUACAAACACAACUAACACAGCUACAGACACAGCUUGCACAGGCACAAGCUGCAGUGAUAACACAGUCUAUAGCACCCCAGGUAACAGUCACCACAGCACCGGCGGUGGAUACUACAGCACCCACUGCACAGGACAAUGCUGUCUUCCAGGGAAACUUCAAUCCACCCCCAGGACCUUUUGGGCCUCCACCACCACAAUUUACAAGGCCACCUUUAGGGCCAGGACCACCCCAUCCACCACCAUUUGAUUACCAUGCUCCAUGGCAAGGCCCACCACCUUCAGGGCCAGGGGGUCCAGGGUUUCCAAUGCCAGACUUCAGUAAGCCUCCCCCAGGGUUCCCUCCCCCUGGGAUGCAGCGAAUGCCCCCUCCAGACAUUGAUCUCACACCUUCAGUUCCAUACUAUGAGCUGCCAGCAGGAUUGAUGGCUCCACUUGUUAAACUAGAAGAUCAUGACUACAGACCGUUAGAGCCACGAGAUAUCCGGUUACCUCCACCAAUGCCACCAAGUGAACGUCUUCUGGCAGCAGUUGAAGCUUUUUACAGUCCUCCCUUUCAUGACAGACCAAGGGACAGUGAAGGAUGGGAAAAACUGGGCCUAUAUGAAUUUUUCAAAGCUAAACAAAAGGCAAAGAAGUUGAAGGAACAGGAAGAACGUUCUAGGUCAAGAUCACGGUCAAGGUCACGUUCCAAAUCUAGAUCAAGGUCACGGUCAAGAUCUAGAUCAUUGUCAAGGUCACCAAGGAGAUCACCUGUAAGAUCACCCCCGAGAAGACGUAGAUACAACAGCAGAAGUAAUAACAGCAGUAGAAGCAGAAGUAGAUCAAGGUCGAGAUCAAGGUCAAGGUCAGACUCCAGAUCACCCCUCCCAUACAGACGAUCAAGUAGGUCGCCAUCGCCUGUGAGACGUAAAAGAUCUAAGUCACCAGAUUCAAGAUCUGGAAGUGUCACUCCACCCACAUUUUCUACUGAGUCAUUUUUGGCAGCAGCAGCAGCAGCAGCUAACACAAACCAGAAUCUUGGAGAAGAGAACAGAGGCCAUAUGUUGCUCAAGAAAAUGGGCUGGGGUGGGAAAGGUCUUGGAGCUAAAGAGCAGGGCAUUGUGGACCCGAUAGAGGCUGCAGAUGUUCGUGACCGAAAUGAUAUGUAUAAGGGUAUCGGAAUCAACAUGAAUGAUCCGUUUGAACAAUUCAGGAAAAAUAAAAGCCAGGGCUUCAUUAGUCGAAUGCAAGCAAGGGAUAGUAGUAAAGAAGAAAAGAAGAAAAGGUCGUCAGACAACUGACAAAAGUCAUGAUAUAGAAUCAAGAUAAAACUGAAGCGUGGCCAGAAUGGAGACACAUUUCACUUCCUGGAAGUCAUUUAUCAUGUGCCUCUAAAAUAGAAAUAAAAUGUCAUUCAUAAACAAUCCCUGUUCCCCAAAGACAUUUUGACUAUUUAUCACCAAUACCAUCAACACCAUCAUUAAUGCAGUCAUUUUGAGAAUGGAUCAUGUCUAAAUGUUAAGUGUCCUUUUUGGAAUAAAAGUAUUUUUAAAAGUCUUA